AUGAAAUUUUGGUUCGUCGUGUUCUUGCUCGUUCAUGGAAUUUUCGCAGCCGUCAUUGCACCGGUUAAGCCAUCUCAAGAUAAAUUUUAUACCCCACCUGAUGGUUAUGAGGAUGCGGAAGUUGGUACAAUACUCAAAUACAGAAAAACACCAGUACCAUUAUCUGGUAUCAUCAAUGAAGUCCAUGCUCAAAACUCUUGGCAACUACUCGUAAGAUCUGAGGAUACAUUUGGUAAUCCGAACGCUUUCGUCACAACUGUUAUUCAGCCAUUUAAUGCUACUUCAAAUAAGGUGGUAUCCUAUCAAACGUGGGAAGACGCAGCAAACUUGGAUUGUUCGCCGUCGUAUGGAAUACAAUAUGGGGCAGAUAUAACCACAUUGAUAUCCCUGUUUGAGAUGUACUUCAUGGGAACGUUAUUGGACCAGGGUUAUUAUGUUGUCACUCCUGAUUACGAAGGUCCAAAGAGCACAUUUACCGUUGGUUUGCAAUCCGGAAAAGCUACUUUGAACUCAAUAAGAGCAGCACUUAGCUCAGGGAAUUUGACCGGUAUAGAUUCCGAUGCAGAAGUUAUGAUGUGGGGUUACUCAGGAGGCACCAUAGCUUCAGGUUGGGCAGCGGCUAUUCAAAGUGAAUAUGCCCCAGAGUUGAGUGACAAUUUAAUUGGGGCAGCACUUGGUGGAUUUGUUACCAAUAUCACAGCUACAGCAGAAGCAACUGAUGGAGGACUUUUCGCCGGUCUCAUUGCAAAUGCGUUGGGUGGAUUGGGAAACGAGUACUCUAAUUUAACGACAUUCAUGGAAGAAAAAGUAAGUACUGCUGAAAAACCGAGCUUUGAAAGAAGAGAUGACCAUUGUUUAGUAGACAGCAUUCUUGGAAACAUCGGAAGUCAAUUCUUUUCUGGUGAGGACAGAUGGUUUCCCGAUGGUUGGCAAAUAUUUGAUGAUGAGCCAGUUGACUCAAUAGUGAAAAAUAACGGUUUAGUUUAUCAACCUGAAAAAUAUCUUCCCCAGAUACCUAUGUUCAUUUAUCAAGGAACCCAAGAUAAUAUCGUCCCCAUCAAGAGUGCAAAAAAGACGUUUCAACAAUGGUGUGAAUGGGGAUUGGAAUCAGGCGAAUUUGCUGAGGAUGAAGCUACGGGACACAUUACUGAAGUAUUCGUUGGGGCACCGGCUGCUCUAACUUGGAUCAUCAAUAGAUUCAACGGGGUGAAGCCUGUUCAAGGAUGUAACCACACAUCAAGGGCAUCUAAUUUUGAUUAUCCUGGUAUAUCACAAUCAUAUGUGGAUUACUUUACUGCAGCAUUGAAUAUUGUUCUUGGUUUUAAUUUGGGACCAUUGCUGAAGAGAGAAGUUAACAGUAUACAAGAUUUGAACGAGCUAGAGUAUGUAAAAGUAUAG